CUGUUUGUAUAAUUAUCAUAUUAUUUACGUGACGCAAGAAAAAAAAGUCCCUUAAGUUGUAUUUCCAACUUUUUUUUUUUUAUAUUUCCUUUUCUCUUUUCUUCAUUUAUCAAUUAUGACCGGAUCUACACUUACUGACGCUGAAAUCAACCACUUGCAACGCAAGUUUGAAUCCAUGACAAAGAAUGGUGCCAUGGAUGCCCAAACUUUGAAGGAAAUCUACAAGGUUGCUCAAGUCUCUGUUACUGAUGCUGAAAUUGCCGCACAGAUCAAGGCUGCUGAUGCCAAAGGUACCGGAUCUGUUGAUUUUGAAGACUUUUUAGUCGUCAUGAACAAGCAAAGUGAUGAAAAUGCUGAAGAAGGUGUAGCCAAGGUAUUUGCUUUACUUGAUACUGAUAAUGAUGGACAAAUCACUGGUGAUGAUUUAAAGCGAGGUGUUGCUUUAUAUGGUAAAUCCAUCACUGAACAAGAUGUAGAUGAAAUGCUCUUCUCUGCAGACGUUGAUGGUGAUGGUAUGAUUAACUAUGAGGAGUUCUUGAAGGUCAUGACUCCUUCCAAGGUCAAUGGUCAACCUUUAUUCUAAAUAAAAAAAAAAAAAAGAAAAAGAAAAAGAAAAAUAAAAACCUGAUCUAUACCAAGUAGCCUUAAUUAAUUAA